AUGUGUCAUUCAGAGCCACCUACCGUCGCACAGCACCCAACCCCCGGCAAACCACUACCUACCUACCUAUUGGAUGCUUUCCGCUGUAGUGCUCACCUCUUCUUCCUGACGCAGCAAGAAGCGCCGGGCCCCACCCAGGAUGCCGCCGUGAGAAGUCAACUGUCACCCACGGAGCCGAUGUCUGACGGGGGACGGGGAUCGGAGGCUACACUGGCUCCACAUGGCCCCAAUGGUCCGCGAACAGACGCCGGCAUGCCCACCGGGCAAGACAGGCAAAUUGGCAGCGAUCCCGAAUCCGAUUCGAUGCAUGCCAUCCAUCAGCUGUUAGGUGCUGCUGCAGUUGCAGUAGAGGGUGCGAGGCCAUCUCCUGCUUCUUCUGGCUGCUCUGCACCCCUGAUUGGGACGGGUAGCAUUUCAACAAGCAGCUGCUAG